AAUUGCUUCGAGUUAUUCCACUAUCCAAACAUAGUAAGAGUAUAUAUAUCCCGGGAAAUAUUACCUGCACAUUUUCUCAUAGCCAGACGCUAACUAUACUCAUCCGUGCUCCGUGCUUUCCGUGCUUUUGUGUUCCAGAAUGGCCUCUUUUUUCAACCAAAGAGUUCUUUCAGGGCUCGUCAGGCCUCAUCCACAUAGCCUUCUUAGAGGCCACCCGCACAUUUAUAUAGGCAACUCAAGCCUCUUCAGAGCGGGUUUUGCUUCCAGAAGCCCGCUCUACACCAGAUCUUUCACAUGCAUUGCCUUCCUCCGUAGUAAACACGAGACGGUGGAAAAAUCGGUGGCGUCUUCGCCCAUUACCCCCAUCUCCCCAUACUCGCAAUCGUACCUUGCCAAGAAGGUGACUAAAGAAGAGUUGCUCUUGCAGGCGGAUGGGUUCGUGGAGCGGUUCAAGAUCCGUAGCAAGUGGUUCCUCAUCCGCAACCCCACACGGCCGCUCAACAUUGACGAGUACAGCGCGGUUUUCUCGUGGGUGCUCAUGGGCCACGUUUUGUGGUUUGUCUUGGGGACCACUACCUUUGUGUCGUUGUUGAUUUACGGCUUCAAUGUGUUGGUGAACAACGAAGAGUACACGAGCAUGCUUUCCAGCGCCAUCUUGGCCCACGGGCUUCACCUCAAGGUGACUCUCCAGGGCAAGGCCCUACCGGAGUGGAAGAAUGGGAUGCUUUCCUUUAACGAUCUCAUGGUGGAGUCGCUCCCUGAAACCGAUCCUAAGAUGGAGUUCGGCAUCAAGAUCGAGAAAAUCAACCUUUCCUUGAGCUUCGCUAAGUGGAGUGAGGGAAGGGGGUUGAUAGAUGCGGUCGAGGUGUUUGGAUUGCGUGGAGUAGUUAAGACGGAAAAGAUGCCCGCAUCCGGCAACUCCGACGAAGCCUACUGGUUGCCAAAAUCAUACGCCUUGAACUCCGUCAAAAUCAACGACUCCUAUGUCGAAAUUCACCAUAAGGAUCACCAGAACGAAGCGGAGCCGAUGAAAAUCUCCAUCUAUAACUGUAACUUGCCGCAGUUGCGCUCGGAAUGGAUGUUGCUCGAUUUCUUCAACGCGGAUAACGUUUCCGGAGUCAUUAACGGCUCCAUGUUCACCAUCCAUAAGCGCCAGUCGUCUACCAAGGCCACGGCCUUUGUCAAUGAUGUGGAGGAGGACAAUUCUCCAUGGAAGAAGAUCACCAGAUUGCGGAUCGACUCCGUCGAUUUGAGCAAGUUUGCUCGCUUCAACUGGGUCAAGAAGGGCGAGGCGGAGUUGAUCUGUGACAUCAUGUUGCCAAACGACGACCUCUUACUUGGCGAACAUAUGUCCGCUACCGAGCUCCAGGCUGGGAUCACCAACCAUCUCUACGGCUUUGUGGAGAACUUGAAAGACUUGUUCCACGAUGAGAAGCACCACUCCUACGAGUACGACUCCAACGGAAACGACGCAUUGUUGACCGGAGGCUUGCCAGCUCCACAGCAGAGACAAUCUGCAGUUCCGUAUGUGGUUAUCGAUGUCAAGUUCCAGUUUCAGGAUGGCUUGAAAGUGUGUUUGCCCUCCACGUUGCCUGAGAACCCCCACACCCAUGAGCCAUUUGUGUCGCACCAAGAUUUGAGAAGGAUCAUCAACUACAUUAACCAUGCCCAGUCAACGCUCAACAGCUCGGAAGCCGAGUAUCCAGCUGGCGAACAAGAGUCCUACUUCUCUGCCUUAUCUCCAGUCGUCUCUAAUGCCGCAAACAUCCCCGUUUCCGCCUUCCAGGACCAUCCAGCCAACAGCAGUCUUGCCUUCACCUUCAGGGUCAUUGCCAGACACGACCAUUUACGCAACCAGACCACGAUCCGCGACACCGGCUUGGUUGACCUCAUUGUGCAAGAAGCGUACAAUGAGGUGGUCAAAUCUGUGGAUGAAUCCAACAUCGACAUAUUGCAAUUCAAAAUUGAAAGUGAAAAGAACUACAACUACUGGAACCACUCUGUGUUUGGCUCGUUGUUGUUGGUUGGUUUAGGGUGGCUUAAUUGAUAGUUUUUAUUUCCCCACCUAUUUUAUAUUUCAGCAUUUUUUCAGCAUUUUUUUUCUGCCAAUUGGCAGAUUUUCAUAUUCUUUUACGGUUUUCGGUUUCUUUCCUGUUUAGUAUUUUGUGCAUUUUGGCUGUCUCUUU